AUGAGACUUCGCAGCUCAGGCUACCUCGGGUGGUCGUAUCUACCACCAGAGAUUCGCCACAACAUUCUAAACACGAUAGUCGAUCAGAGAAAUCCUCGUUGGUCUGCUUUGGCCUCGGUGUCUAAAGAGUGGCAAAGCGUUAUCGGAACGAGAAAUAUGGCCAAGCUGAGCCUCCGGCCAUCGUGUCUAGAGGACUUUGAGCAAGCAGUGAUUCGACAGAGAGACCUUGUGAGGCACAUCUAUCUCAAUGUUGAGCUGGCCGAAUACGGCUGUUCUUCUUGUGAGAGAGAGUUUGAUGUCGUCACAAAUAGCCGUCUUAUGGGUGAGGCGGUCAUAAAGCUUUUGAUCAUUCUCAGCACGUGGAACACGACAACCCCUUUGACACUGGAACUCAACGCAUCGUCUGCUAGUGACUCGAAGCACUGGUUCAAGAACUUUCGUUUCAACGACGAGCACGAUGCUCCUUAUGCCCGAGACCCAGUCAUCCCCAUGGAAGCAAGCCAUAGUGACUGGCACGACCCCGAGCGCGGUUGGGAAAAUGGUGUCCAGACCAAACCUCCACCUUUCACCGCACAUGACCAGCUUUUCGGGCGUAUCGACUUUGAUUAUUAUGUUCCCGACGCAUAUAUUCCCGAGGUUAACGCAGUUACCCGUUUCAUGAUCCGUCGACAAUUCCGCCAUCAUCUUAGGCCUCGGGAAUUCAAAAACGUUUUGUCCAGAUUCAGCCGCCUAACGGAUGUUGUUUACGAACCAUGGCCUGAAGAAUAUGCAAGUUUAUAUCCGGAUCUAUGGGAUUUGGCGCUGAUUGGCGCGCACAUGUCCAACACUCUCAAAAGAGUGAUCCUAUUUCAGGAUUCUAAACAAUAUCUCACAGAGAGCGUCCAUCAAAUCAUUCAAGAAUAUGGUGUUUUGCUCGACCCUCUGGGAUUCGAAUCGGAGUCCGAUCUCCCCGACAACAUGAAGAGCAUCGCUCAGGCAAGUCUGAGACUUGAUGAACUCUCUGUCUCAUUCUUUAUCGAUGCUAUGAACUUCUUCAAGGCAUGCGAGAAAAAAUGGACAUGGGAUCAACUACAAUCUCUCUCCCUGACAUCAAGUCUUCUCUUUCAGAGUAUAAAUGGACAGAAGCAGCGCAUCGAUAACCUUCUUAUCGCAGCAGCCAGGCUCGUACUGCGAAUGCCGAACCUGACUACUAUGGUACUCUGGAAUGGAGGGGCGGGGAGAGCUUGUGCAUUCAUAUACACCAGGGCAAAGCACUACGCGCAUAUUACCUGGCGAGGAACUUGGGACUUGGAGAUCAGCCAACAAGUCUUGCAGGCAUGGGAGGAUGUUGCUAAGCUCCAUUCGGUGGAGCUCAGAGCCAAGCAUGAGCGGCUUCGGGAGACCAUUAGAUCUCAUGGAGACGCCAUUUUCCAUCUCAACUUGCCUUGCCAGGUUAUUGAGCCUACGUCGCUCUGGCAAAUCCGGAUGGAGGACGCGCAGGGACUUUAA